AUGGUUUCUUUAAAACUUGCUCAACUUAUUUCGAUUGUCGUUUUUGCUUCGACCUGCAUGAAAAUUCAAGCUAGCCUUGACAUCAGAGCCAACGGGGUGGCCAACCCAAACAAUGUACCCGCAGCCCCUUCGAACGCGGCGAACGGCGUGAAUGCCAACACCGAUCCAAAAAAAACCAAGCCAGGUCCCAAUCCCCCUGGCGGAAAUCCCAAGACUCCAGGGUCACCGCCAAGUCCUUCGAACGCGCCAAACGGAAAGAAUGCCAACGCUGAUCCGAAAAAGCCCAAGCCAGCUGCCGCUCCACCUGCCGGAAAUUCCAAGACACCAGAACCACCAAAGAAUCAGAAACCACCUGGAAGUGGCCAGAGCAAAACUCCAGAAGAUUCAAAAUCCCCGGCGGAAAGACCUAAAGUCAAUCCAAGCUCUCCUGGUGCCUCCGGAGCUGGGAAUAGUACUACUCAGGCCGGUGGGAAGAGGCCGCCAAAGAUGAAGCGAGGGGGGGCUCCAGGCGGCGCCGGCGGCGGAGUCUCACCACCACCACCAGCAGCACCUGAAGAAAAGAAAGGCGGCGGUUUGAAGGACAAGCUCAAAGCCAAGCUUGGCGGGAUGGGCGGCAAAUCUCCGAUGAGCAAGCGAGGGGAAGCUCCAGCCGCUGCCGGCGGAGCAUCACCACCAGCAGCACCUGAAGAAAAGAAAGGCGACGGUUUGAAGGACAAGCUCAAAGCAAAACUUGGCGGGAUGGGCGGCAAAUCUCCGAUGAGCAAGCGAGGGGAAGCUCCGUCCGCUUCCGGCGGAGGAGGAUCACCAGCAGCAGCACCUGAAGAAAAGAAAGGCGGCGGUUUGAAGGACAAGCUCAAAGCCAAGCUUGGCGGGAUGGGCGGCAAAUCUCCGAUGAGCAAGCGUGGAGAAGCUCCAGCCGCUGCCGGCGGAGGAGGAUCAGCACACCAGCAGCACCAGAAGAAAAGAAAGGUAGCGGCUUGA